GCCAAAAUCUCAAUUGCACUCUUUCUGUAAACUGAAUUGGAAUUGUUUUAAAUGAAGUUUGGUUGUGUUGUGUGCUUAAUAUGUUGUGUGCUUAAUAUGUUGUGUUUUAAUUCGGGCUGCAAUGAUGAAUCGAUUAUCAGUCCAUGACUAAAUUGAUUAGCAACUAUUUUGUUCAUCAUGAUUCAUCGCUUUGGGUGUUAGUCUUUAUGAUGAGAAGAGGUUCUCUGAGUUUUCAGCUUCUUAUAUGUGAAUAUUUUCUGGUGUCUUUGCUCCGUAUUACAAAGAAAUCAUUGAAAUGGAUUCAUUUUGUGACAAUCGACUGGACAGAUUACUCCAUGAUGGAAACUUCUUGUUCGUUUUUAUUGCUUUUGUUCUGCCACCAAAGCUGUAAACUGAACUGAAUUCAUGUUUUCCUUUUUCCAGGUGCUUGCGCUUUGGUGUUCGUCGACAAAAUGCAGAAUCUGACCGACUUUCCCGCCAACGCCACGUCCAACAGAAACCUCUCAGUGAUCGUUAAAGUGUGCGUGGUCAUCCCGUUUUUCUGCGUCUUCCUGUGCUGCAUCGCCGUCAUGCUGCACAUCUUCGCGUCCCACAGGCAGUUCCUGGAGACGUCGCGCUACAUCCUGUUUGCCUACAUGCUGGUCAACGACGCGCUGCAGGUUACCACGUCCGUGCUGCUCUUCCUCCUCGUCAUGGCCCGCGUGGAGUUCGCCAUCGUCUAUUGCAUUCCUCUGCUCUUCGUGUCCACCGCCACGUUCCAGAACACGCCUCUGAUCCUGGCCACCAUGUCGCUCGAGCGAUACGUCGCCAUCUUCUACCCGCUGCGACGCCCGGCCACAUGGCGCUCGGACCGGAUCUGGAUCAUCAUUCUGUCCCUGUGGUCUGUCAGCUGCGUCUUCCCCAUCAUCGACUUCAACAUCGGGGAACGUGACCCCGCGGUGGACGUCCUCUCCACGCCUCUGCUCUGCAAGACCGUCGUCGUCAACCCGUCUCCCAUCCAGAUGCUGUUCAAAGCUGCCGUGAGCGUGCUCUUCUUCGCGGUGGUCGCCAUCGUCAUCCUCUUCACUUACGUGAGGAUCCUGCUGGAGACCAGGAAGCUGAGGCAGGACACGGCGUCCGUGAGCAAAGCCAUGUACACGGUGCUGCUGCACGGCUUCCAGCUGCUGCUGUGCAUGUUGGCCUUCACUCACCCCAUCACCGAGAAUCUGACGGUGCUGAACGCCAACUGGCAGCCGGAAGACGUGGCCUUUUUCAACUACUUCUGCUUCGUCCUGAUCCCGCGCUUUCUCAGCCCGCUCAUCUACGGCUUCAGAGACCAAAGUCUCAGAGGACACAUUCAAAAAAGCUUCUUCUGCUGCACAAAGGAGGUCAAACCUCUGUCCUAAGAUUCACACGUUUUUCAAGACUCUGAAAGA